AUGCCGGGUAGCAUAUUCUCCGAACCCCCUUUUGUUGAUGGAAUUUUGAAUGAUCUGGAAAGUGAUCAGACUGCCAACUUCAAUACGGUUUACGAAACUCUUAAGCGUAUAACAAAAGUCUCAUUUGUUGAUCAAUAUGAAAGCUUGUUGAAAGUCGGACAGGGUACAUUCGGUGAGGUCUUCAAAGCCAGAAAUAGGAAUUCUAAGCUUUUCGUUGCUAUGAAACGAAUUAAAACUGAAACUGAGAAAGAAGGGUUUCCCGUCACAGCUGUUCGGGAGAUCCGGCUCUUGCUAUCCCUAAAACACGAUAACAUCGUCUCCUUGAAGGAGGUCUGCUGCAGCUCAAAGGCAGAUGAUCAGAUGUUUAGACCUCAGUUCUAUCUUGUUUUCGAAUAUUGCGACCAUGAUCUUGCUGGUCUUAAUCAAAGGGUAGAGUUUGAAGAUCCAGUAAAGAAAACAAUUAUGCUUCAACUUCUUAAUGGAAUUUUCUAUCUUCACAGGAACAAUGUUAUUCAUCGGGACUUAAAGGCGGCAAAUAUACUGAUUAACAAGUAUGGGGUACUAAAGAUAGCGGAUUUCGGUUUGGCUCGCACUACAAUUGCACCCAUUCAUCCGGAUAAACCUCACCGUUAUACUAGUAGAGUGGUUACCCUUUGGUACAGACCCCCUGAAAUCCUGCUUAAUGAUAAGCACUAUGGUAAAGCAGUUGAUAUGUGGGGUGCUGGUUGCAUAAUGGCUGAACUUUGGACGAAGUAUCCAAUUAUGCAGGGGGACAAUGAGACAUCUCAGCUCAAUCUUAUUCUCAAUCUCUGUGGGCCGAUUACUCCUGAAACAUGGCCUGGAGUUGAGCGUCUCGAUUAUUAUCGGAGCCUUAACUUGCGAACAGAUGUUAGACGCCAUGUUAGAGAAUGCCUUAAAGACAAAGUCACCUCAUCGUCAGCUAUUGAUCUUAUCGACAAGCUCUUGAUUAUUGAUCCAUCUAAGCGUUUGACCGCUGACGAGGCUCUUGCUCACGACUACUUCUAUGAAGAUCCUCCUCCUGGUGAUUUGAAGAUAUUCUCUCGCGAAGGAACGAAUUACUUGGAGUACUUUAAUUCGGCUCAUUAUCAAAGGCAUCAAAGACAACAGGUUCAUCAGCAAUUACCUCAAAUGCGGCACAACCAAAGGCCCAUUCCCUAUGGUUAUAAUCCUGUCCAAGGAAGAUCGCAUGAUUCCCAACAGAGGCGGCCUCCUAACGUUCCGCCCGAGGAUAUUAUUCAUCGCGAUAUGAUCUAUUGA